GAGCGAUCCUCUUCCCCCCCCACCACCCGCUACAAGAGCACCUCGAAAUCCGUUCGCUUGCUGAACGGUUCCUGUCUGUAGUUGUCACGACGAUUGGCUUCUCCGUGACUACUCUCUCUUCAGACAGAGUGCACUCCCCAUUUCGAUCCUUUGGAUUUCCUUCCACCGUAGCAGGGUUAGGAUCUCGAUCGGACUCGGAUUUGUGUUUGCCUCCCAGCAGCUUGCUUGCAUCAUCAAGGUGUGUGAUAUCACCCCGCCACGGGAGAAACCCCCCAGAAAUGGUGCCCGCGGAUAAAGAUAUUUAAUCUUCAUCAUGGCCGUCACAGUCUAAAAAGUUGUUGGCAGUGCUAAUUGAGUGUCUUUAUAGGCAUUUAAUUGUUAAUAUUCUUUUUUUGUUCUCGAGUUUCGUUGUUUUCUGGUUUUCUGCUUCUUUCACUUCUCUUCCCUAACGCCUUGACGAGUUUUCCGAAGAAAAUUUCCUGGCAAAUCCACGCAUUCCUGGUCCUCCCCUUCUCGUCGGUUUAUAAUUUCUUUUCCUCGCCUCCGGUACAUAUAAGGGACAACCGAGAAGAUGCCUUACACCCCACCGAGCCAGUCGCCGGCCACUUCCCCGGCCACCAGCAGGUCGAGCUCAAUAUCACUACAUGACACAAGGCCGCCGGCAACAACAAUGUCGAACAUGGUCAUGAAAUCAGGCAAUCCUCCUCGCUCAGCAACAUACCUAUACAAGAAUCGACGAACACCGCCGAUUACCUCUCCCCAGAGCCCUUCAAUCAAUAACCAAUACCUCCCUUUGAGGCCGUUAGUACAGCAUAGGCAUGGCGACUCGAAUGGUAGCAUUCACAGAUCACCGGCUCCUGUAGAUAAUGGGAUGUCAAUGCCAGCUGGUGCCAUCAUUUCGCCACCCGAUUCGUCACAGAACUCUAGUGACGAGGAAGAAGCAGCAAAGGGAGAUGGAAACACUUCUGUCCGAGGCAGACGAAGGGAUUUGGGCAAUCUAGAGUUGCAACUCAAGGAGGCUAUCAAGAACCUUCCCCAACGGAGGGAACCUUCGCCGGACUCAGCAAACCCAAAAUCACCUUCACCGACAGAUCCCGAGAGUAAGGGUAGGAGAUUGCAUUCACGGUCUGCUUCGGAAACAAUGUUGGCCUAUGCAAUCGGUGGCGGAUGUAGUAGUGGGAGCGAUGAUGACGACGAAGGCUAUCGGAUAGCACCACCUAUGAUACGCAAGAAGAGCGGAGAGGUUGUUAAAUCGUCCCUCAAGACACCCAACCGAUCACGACCUUCAAGCAUGCCGUCUACCCCCACAUUUCCCAAGGCUGUUCACUUUGACUCACACAUCGAGCACGUCCGACACUUUUUGCAUUCAGAGAGGCCAUCAGCAGUUAGUGCCGGAUCAUCUCCGGUUGAGUCGUACGAUGGUGAGACCGAAUUCCCCUUCAGCGGUGAGGAUUCCUUCCGGUCUCGGGAACCACCCUUCGAAUGGGAGAUUUCAUUGCCAAACUUCCCCAAGGACUCCGAUUCCAGGAAACAUAUGCCUGUCAGGGUUGAGCGAGUUGUUCUGUCGACUGAUAAGAAGAACUUGAUUGGUACCGUUGCUGUUUCCAACAUUGCCUUCCAGAAGUCAGUGGUGGUCCGAUUCACUUUGGAUUACUGGGAAACUGUCUCAGAGGUAUCUGCGGAGUUCAACAAUGAUGUCAGGAAGAAGCAGAGGGAGGAGGGCGUUGAUCGAUUUAGUUUCAACAUCAAGCUGGUUGACCAGGCCAAUCUUGAGAAUAAACUCUUGUUCUUCUGCGUUCGCUAUACCAGCGGCGGCCAGGAAUUCUGGGAUAACAAUAACAACAUAAACUUCCAGGUCGAGUUCAAGAAGAAGGCUAAGCCUCAGAAUGGCAAGAAUGGGGGUGCGAGACCGCUUCCACGAUCCUCCAAACCUUCCUCUUCUAGACCUCGCACAUUGCCCGGUAACUUUGGCGACGAUUUGGAGAGCUACGAUGAUGCCGGGAUCUUCGAGAAACUCAAGAAUGCCGAACUUCCCGAGCCGAAGCCACUAAACCUUACCGAUACCACUGAGUCAUUGGCGCGUCGAGCAAAUCCGUCCGGUAACGCUUUCGGUAACAGAUAUGACUUCACUGCUUCCUUGAGUGCCGCUAUUCAGGCUCACGCCUCCGAAGCAGUUCCGGGAAGGAAGAUGAGGAGGAGGACCAUCAAUUUUGAUGAUGUUGAUAGCUCGUACUUCAAGUCGGCGAGCCCUCCAAGCCCGGCUUCCGAAGAACCCAAGGUGCAGGUUGUUCCGGCUCUUAAGCCUUCUUCUCCCAUCUCAUCCCUUCCUAGAUCCUCAAGGAGCGCAGUCAGAGAUACUACAUCUCUCGAUAGCCCUCCCGCUAGUGGUGCUGGGUCCCCAACAAGGGGUUACAAGCCAGCUCCAUUCACUGGCGGCAAGCCUUCGAUUGAAUCUUCUUCUUACCGGGAAUUGAUUGACAAUUACUGCUUCGUAAGUAAAACCUUUCUAACCUCUUUUUAGUUCGUCCGCUAAUAUCGGCCAGUUUGGGUCGUCAAAGGCUUCCCCUCAGCUCACACAGGGUGCCGAGAUUCAUGAUAAGAUGCAUAAUCCGACAAAUCUUAAUCCAGCCCUCUAUUCGGGCGCUGUAUUCACUACUGAUGCGGGGUCCGGGUCCCCGCUGCCAGAGACGGCUAUCAGUCCACGAUAUGUGUCACCGCCUUCGCACAGUUCUCCGCCUAGUUCGCACAAAUCAUCCGGCAAUGCCUCUCCUAUUCCAGCAAAUUAUGCUGGAUUUCAUCAUCGCAGAAGGGCUUCUGGUGCAUUCAAAUUUACUCAGGCGCCGACAGCUAUCUGUUAAAUAUCCUUGAUCGUUUAGGUCCCAGUCAUGCACUGGUCCAUAUAGGUUUCUACUUGGAUAAGGUUAUCACAGUUUUCUUUUUUUCUUUUCUUUUCUUUUCUUCUUUCCGAAAGGUUCUUUGGAGGAACAAAUGGGGUGUAUAGCGGGUUGGAGAACGCCAUUGGAAGGGAAGGAUUGAAGUUCGAAAAGUUAUCCUGAUACAGGAUAUUGGAAUGUUUACGGCGGACAUGAGAUGAUUACGACUCAUGAGACUGUACACUCGCGAGGUGUACCUUCGCUCGGACCCUCGCUUUGUCUUUUGUUCUUUGUCAAUUUUUUUUCCCUUGGUGUUGAUCGUUUGGCUUUUUUUUAUUCUUGCAUUGUUUUACUAUUGUUUUAUUUGUUUUUUCUUUGCCAUACUCUUACGGAGGAGUAGCGACUACUCCUACGCAAGAAGAGGCGGUGUGUUCUUACUACAGUAUAGUUUCCUAACUCUGUUUUUCUGCGGGUUCUUCGGGGUUCUCUUUUACGAUUGCUUUUUUGCGAUGUUUCCCCCUGCAUUUCAACUCGCAAGUCGGAUUUGUUACAGCGGUGGUAGUUGUAACUCCACUUCAAAAAAAAAACCCCCCCCUUCUCGCCUGAAAUUAUCAUACUUUCUUAUGGGGGGUUUAUGUUUUAACCAUUAGAGCGUCCAGGCUUUUAUCUUCCUCUCAGGCUCUUGCUUUGCGUUUUUUUCUUUUCUUUUUUUUUCUUUUGCAGAUUUUUCAUGUUAUUGAUUUCAUCAUUUGCCUUUUUUUCCUCUUCGGGUUCGGAUUUCUCUUCCUCGUUUUCUAUUCUUCAUUCGACUGGCUGUGACGGAAUAGGGAUUUCAGUGCGGGCUGGGGUGGGUCGGAGGGGGUGGGAUAGGGCUUCUUGCCAAGAGCGAUGGAUCGAUACGGUUUUUCACGGUUUAAUGGACUUACUCCAUUUUUUUAUGGGCAUACACUCAACUAUAUUUCUCAGGCGUCAUCAGGCGUCAAGAGGAAUGGCAACAAAAAAUCGUGGAAACAAAAGCAGAGGCAGGAAAAGAAAAAAGAAAAAAAAAAGAACAAGCUCAUGAAAGUCACCAAACGAACUAAAAUCUUUGUAUUAUUGCAUUGUACACAUACUCGAGUAGCAUAUCGUUGGAAUUUUAUCCUUUUUAUCUGUCAAUACACUGGUAUCCCUUUCAAGUUACAUUUCAUGAUUUA